AACGCAUAAACGCGAUUAAAUUGGCAGGUUAAUCAAACAUGUGGAUACACGACACUUUGGUUCUCAGGAAAACUGCGUGACCUCACCCCAAACAAGACAGAUCUUCACAUGGCCUGCUGCAAGAAAGCCUGCUCGGCUAACGAAGCACAUGAUUUAUUAAAAAUCUGAAGCCACCCUGGCAAGUCUGUCUCGACGUUGCACUGCAGGGUGUAAAGCGGAACGGAGGAGGAGGAAGGGAAAGUGUGGCGCUUCUGCGUUUGCAAUUCCUCAAUGCCUGAUAUAUUAGGAAAACUGUCUGAUAGUUCUACUUUAAGGAAAUAAAAAUGCUACCUAUAAUUAAGAAGAAGAAAUAAUCCAACGCCAAAUCCAGUGCCUCGAACUAAAUCGGAAUGCGCGCGUGGAGCUCACCCGGAGCGCGCACGCGUGCCACUUCCUGAGGCGAGCGGCUCGCUCACCUUUUGGCUCGCUCACUCUCACACACACAGACUGGCGCCGCACCGCUCGGAGGUUCGAGCAGAGCUACGGAGCAUGGAGUUUACAAGCGGCUGACGCGCUCAAGUAUACGUCUCGGAAAAUUCAUGUUUUUCCACGUAUAUUGCUAUUGAUCAGUUAAAGGGACGUUAACAACACAGCCAUUCAGAACCUUGUAAGGUUCCCCCCAAAACUUCGCAUGGUUUACCUCCAGGGACCUGAAUUCCGCAAGGGAGGGCCAGCAUGAGGAAAGCUAAAAUCUUUCAGAUGGUUUUGGCUACGUGUUUUGGGUCUUUCUUGCUUGUCAUUUACUUAUUUCAAAGCAAUCUGAACGAAGAACAAAGAAUUUUAGGAAACAUUUGGCAGGAAAAGUCUGGAAGAAAUCCACUGCAGACUCUCUACAGCAAUGAUCAGAUUGAAUCUGAUGCACAAGUGAUCCACCAAAAUCGGAGAGAGCUGCUGGACAGCGUUUGCCAAGUGUAUGCCAGAAAACGACGUGUAUUAACUCCAGAUGAUCUCAAGCACCUCAUUGUUGAUGAUCGCCAUGGGCUGUUGUACUGCUACGUUCCUAAAGUGGCCUGCACCAACUGGAAGCGGGUCCUUAUGGUGUUGACAGGGGAUGGCAAAUACCAGGACCCACUGAAAAUCCCUGCCAAUGAGGCCCACAUCCCUUCUAAUCUUCGCACGCUUUCUGAAUACAGCACUCCAGAAAUUAACCAUCGCCUGAGGAACUACAUGAAGUUCAUCUUUGUUCGUGAACCCUUUGAGCGUUUGGUUUCUGCGUACCGUAAUAAAUUUACUCGUAAAUACAAUACAGCUUUCCAUAAACGCUAUGGCACCAAAAUCAUCCGCCGCCAUAGACCACAGCCGAGUACUGACGCUUUGGAAAAGGGAGAUGAUGUUUCCUUUGAUGAAUUUGUUUAUUAUUUAGUGGAUCCCCACACACAGAGAGAGGAACCUUUCAAUGAACAUUGGGAGCGGGUGCAUUCACUUUGUCAUCCCUGUAUUCUACACUAUGAUGUGGUAGGCAAAUAUGAAACCUUAGAUGACGAUGCUCGCUACAUUCUGCAACUGAUUGGGGCUGAUAAGGCUGUAAAGUUCCCCUCCUCCUCACAGACUGCAAGGACUACAGAUGACAUGACUGCCCAAUUCUUUAAAAAAAUAACCCCGUUCUACCAGAAGAAACUCUAUAAUUUAUAUAAAAUGGACUUUUUGUUGUUUAACUACUCCAAACCUUCCUACCUGACCUUUCGAUGAAAGAUUUUUCUUUUGGUUGAUAAGAGAUGUUAAAAGGAACAUCGACUAUGUACAGACUUCUGUGCCCUAAAUAUCUACCUAGAGUUGAAAUCAGUUGGCAUCCAUUACACUGUAUUGUUCAGCACCAAAAUACAUGUGUGGAAAUUGUUUAAACUAGGAAAACAGACUUGAAUCCCAUAUUUUUUUCAUGUGAAUGUGCACAACUAAUUUAUUUGUGUGCUUUGUAUGCAUAGAUGUGUGCCGGCUUGCUUGUGUGUGCUGAUUUUCACCAGGAUGAGUGUUAGUUGGCUAUAGCAUCUGACUCAAACCCAGAUAGAUUGUGACAUGUGUGUUUUCUUCCACUUAAGUUAAUACUGUUGCACAGGUGGCAAGAAUUAUAUUUACUUACCUUUUUAAUACAUCAUAUCUCUGGAUUUGAUGGAUAUGAAAAUAGAGGUGACAUACAACAAGGUUAGUAACUGUUAUGACAGAUGGUAUUGGUUGUAAUGCAAAAAUAAGGUUACAGUGGAAAAUUAGUCCUUUCAUUUUACAUGAGUAGUCUGGCAAGGUGUGUGCAAAUACAUCUUGGUAUACUCUAAAAACAAA